AAUAUUGGACACAAAUAACAGCAAGUUAAACCGACUCAAUUUUCCCUUUCCCUUAAGCCUCUAAAAGUAUAUAUUCAUUCCGAAUAAUCUCCAAACUCUCAAUCAUGGCAUUCAGAAGUUCAAAUUUGUGGAGAUCUAUGGCCAAUCACCUAAGAGGAAAGGCUACUUUUGCAACAUCUACUAAUCCUAAAAUGAAGUCCUAUCCCCAUACUACUAAUGUUCCCAACCAUCCAGAUGGUAGGCCCAGGGCAGUGAAGUUAGAGUAUUUUCCAGUGUACGUGGGACUAGGGUUGAUAAUGUUACAAGUGUGUUUUGGGGUACACACAAUAGUGCAGCAGUUGGGGCGGUCGCCUAAUGUUCGAGUGAAGAAAUCAAGGAGAGAAACUGUAUCAGAGGUGGAGGAACCUGAGCUUGUGUUGGAGGAAGCCGACAAGUUCCUCAAAAAAUCAUUCUUCCGACAAAUCGCUCAUGUUCAGGAUUUUGAUGAUCAUUCUGUCAUGGAUGAUCCUAUGCGUGGGGAUGUUCUGUCCAGGUAUCAUUCAAUAUCUUCUUUAAAAGACAUAGCAGUAGCAUUUGAAUUACUCUGUAUUUUUCAUUUUAUAGGAAGGUUGUUUUACUGAAUGCAGUAUUAUUAAUCUGAGAUGGUAAUU